GCCAUCCAAGAAUUUCCAGGCCUUGUUAAUUUUGAGAUAUGGCUACAAGAACUGUAGCCUACACUGCCCUUCUCCUGUCUCUCAACCUCCUCUUCUUCACAUUGGUGAGCUCUUCCUCUUGCCCACCACCAUCACCAAAACCAAAAGGCCCUUCACCUCAACCGAGUAACCCAUCGCCAAACCCUUCACCUAAACCAAGCAACCCAUCACCUAAACCAAGCAACCCAUCGCCUACACCAUCAAACGGUGCUUGCCCUAGGGACACAUUAAAGCUUGGUGUAUGUGUGGACCUGUUGAAGGGUUUGCUGGGCAUUACAAUUGGUAGCCCACCAACGACCCCUUGCUGCAGCCUUCUGACUGAUCUUGUUGAUUUGGAAGCCGCUGUUUGCCUUUGCACUACCAUCAAAGCUAGUGUCUUGGGCAUUAACAUAAAUCUUCCCAUUGACCUUAGCUUGUUGCUCAACUCCUGUGGGAGGAAGGUUCCUGAAGGAUUCAAGUGCGCAUAAAUUCAUUCCACUCGAUCAGUUCCAAAUUAAUUAUUUUCAAUAAUUUCCUAUAUAUGGUUGCGAUGCGCUUAUCGCAUUAAAUCAAUAAUUUCUCAUUAUGUUUUUAUUUUCUGGAUAAAAAGGCUUCUAGCCUUUUUGCAUUUGUAUCUUU